CAAAAUUAGAAAAAAAAUCCAGAAAAUCACAUUGUAGGAUUUUUAAUUUAUUUAUUUGCAGAUUGUAUUACACAAAUGUGUGUAAGCCAAUUGAGAAAAACUGAGGUGAUCAAGCAUAACAGAGAAUGACUUUGUUUUUAUUUCUAAACACAAACAUUUUGGCCAUCUUUCUCAUCAGAUCAGAAGAUUUGGUAACAUCCUUUACCCCUUAAACAUACAUCGUUGGUAUUGACUCCCACUUCCUGCUGUAGUAUUGAAAUUGAUUGUGUCCCGUCUUUCUUAUGACAUCAGCAGCGUUGUUUCUGAGAGGAGGAGCCAAGGCAGACGGCGCCCCUGUCUGGCCGGGGGUUAUCACAUCACCGUCGGCGUGUCUUACUUCCUGACUGACAGGAAAACCACACGCUCCAGCAACUCCAGAUGCAUCCUGUUGUUCCCACUUAUCGUGACUGUUGAUGACCCCUGACCUCUGCUUACCCCUGAGUGCCGUGGCCAACUCCAGGGAUGGGUAGCAGCAUUGAACACUUGUCCUGUCUCAUCAGACUGGUCAUCAAGGUUCUGCUGCAUCACCACUCGGUGGAUGAGAUCUCCUAUAUCGCCAAGGAUACCCAGGCCUUCGACUACCACCGGGCCUUCGACUACGCCUCUGGGAAGGAGGGACACCACAGUUGGGAAUGCGACACAAGUGUUUGUGAACUGCGUGUGUGUCAUCUGGAAGAUGAAGCCGGCCUGCCUUUCCUGAUCAUAGAAACUAGUGCUGUACAGCCCUACCGCCGAGGCUUUUACUGCAACGAUGAGUCCAUCAAGUACCCGGCCAAACACGGAGACACCAUAAGCGACGCUGUGCUUUCUGCUGCUGGCAUUCUCAUCACCAUCCUUUCUAUCAUCAUUGGUGAGAGCUACAUGAUCUACUACCUGAACGAGGGCUCUAAGUCCUUCGUAGGGAACCCCUACAUCUCCGCCCUCUACAAGCAGGUGGGCGUGUUCAUCUUUGGCUGCGCCGUCAGUCAAUCGUUCACGGACAUCGCCAAGGUAUCGGUGGGCCGCAUGCGACCCCACUUCCUGGACGUGUGUAGGCCCGACUGGUCCGCCAUCAACUGUUCUUUGGGCUACAUCACAGACUACCAGUGUAAUGGACCCGAGAGCAAAGUCCAGGAGGCCAGGAAGUCGUUCUUCUCUGGCCAUGCAUCCUUUUCCAUGUACACCAUGCUGUAUUUGGUGUUCUACCUGCAGUCCAGGUUCACCUGGCGUGGAGCCCGUCUUCUGCGCCCCCUGACACAGUUCACCCUCAUCAUGAUGUCCUUCUACACCGGCCUGUCCCGCGUCUCCGACCACAAGCACCACCCCACCGACGUCCUGGCUGGCUUCGCACAGGGAGCCCUGGUGGCCUACAGCAUAGUGUUUUUCGUAUCUGACCUGUUCAAGCCCAAAGGCAGAAGUUCAGCUCUACCAGUGACCCCAUUAAAGAACCCCAACAACCCCAUGGCAGACAUCAGAGAGAGGAGCAACCACAUCACCAUGGCAUAGUAGAGACCAGUAGAGUACAGCUACCUGUAGAGCUACCUUCCGCUGUAGGUUUUAAACAUCCUUUAUUUCACCUACUGGUCUGUACUGGAUGUGUUAAACAACCAGCGAAAGCAGCAAGACUGCCGACCGACAUGUCUGCAAGGCACAGAGAAAUAAUGAGCUAUGGAGAACUUACUUUGGAAAGAAGAAGAGAGAGACACACACACACACACGCACACACAAACAACACACACACGCUGUUUGAACAGCCAGCAACAUCCAUGUUUCUCACCAUCUCAUCUGACAUGUGAAUGUGGAAGAGUUUGGGGAGAAAAUUCAUAUUUUGCUUUAAUUACCCAAGGUCUCUAUAUCAAACCUGGUGCUUUGCAGAUUAACUUUAUCUUUAUCUGCAGACAAGGAAGUUUCACAGACAGAAUCAUGAAGGAAGGAGAGAAGGAAACGAACAGCUGUGGAACGUGAUAAUGUCCGCUUGGCUUUAGGCACCAUGGAGACUGGCUAAUAAUACCAUCACAUAUACUUUGUGCAUAUGAGAUACAAACUCAUGAACAGGAACAAAUUCCUUGAUUACAGGAAGGAUGUUUUUUCUUUUAUAAAUAACCUUCGUUAUAAGUUCGAGCUAUAGCACUAUAUCCAAACUCAAUAUUUUACUUAAUUGUCACCACUUGAAUGAACUGAAGUGAAGCUUUUCUGUAAAGUUUUGUUUUAAAACCAGCUUUUAGGUCUCCUGAAAUGUAGUUUGUAUAGAAAUAUAUACACUGUAGAUGGAGACUACAGAGAGAGGGAUGUGGGCCUCUUUUUGCUGGUUGGGAUGAGCCUCCACUGAGCCCUGUAAUGAAGUGACUAUGUGUGCCAGAUGACUGCUCACAAGUAUUAGGUCAGAGUAUUAGGCAUGUGUGUGUAUGUAUGUCAGUGUACAAGUAUCCGAGUGUCAUGUGUGUGUGUGUGUGUGUGUGUGUGUGUGUGUGUGUGUGUGUGUGUGUGUGUGUGUGUGUGUGUGUGUGUGUGUGUGUGUGUGUGUGUGUGUGUGUGUGUGUGUGUGUGUGUGUGUGUGUGUGUGUGUGUGUGUGUGUGUGUGUGUGUGUGUUUUUCAUAAGUGCUUCAGGUUAAAGACCGGGAACGUAAGGCUGCUUCAACAGACGUUUAUAUUAAAAACAGGAAAUCUGUGGAAUUAUACUUUCAUAGACUAGCGUUGUGAUCCAUUUUCUAGUGAUUCACACAAACUGUGCCAACUUCAGAAAAAAGAACCCCUUCCCUGUGUCACUAUAGUAUGCUCUGUCCUACCAUGUCAUUGCAACCAAACAGCAUUAUCUGUUUUAUUUUUGUAAUGUAAAGAACAUUUUUGUAUCAGAGAAUUAUGUACAAUAUCAUUUACCUACGUUUUCAUGCAAUAUCCACUAUGAAUGUUGACGCGUCGAUACACGUGUUAUUGUGUAAGUGCUGCUUAAAUAAGCAGGGAUUGACAAAAGUCAUUCAGUGAAAUGACAAUUUGUGUUGUGAGUAUUCAAACUUCUGUGAAAUAGCUUUCAAGAAGACAGCUUUAUAUUAAAAUACCUUUUAAUAUUUUUGUAUUGUCCUUUUUUUUUUGUAUAUUGUACAAUGAAAAUAUAAACCAUAUGGUGUAAAUGUAUUAUAGAUGAUGUGCUUUGUAAUAAUAAAAACAAAUUAUUUUAAACGUU